UCCGAGCGGUGAGCCCGCGCCCUGCGGCCGGCGGCCGGCGGCGAUGAAGAUCUGGAGCUCGGAGCACGUGUUCGGCCACCCAUGGGACACUGUCAUCAAAGCUGCCAUGAGGAAGUACCCGAAUCCAAUGAACCCCUGUGUCGUGGGAGUUGACGUGCUGGAGCGCAGCGUGGAUGGCCGGGGCCGGCUGCAUAGCCACCGCCUCCUCAGCACCGAGUGGGGGCUGCCCGGCUUCGUGAAAGCGAUUUUGGGAACCAGUCGGACUUUGACAUACAUCAAAGAACAUUCUGUUGUGGAUCCAGUAGAAAAGAAAAUGGAACUUUGUUCCACCAAUAUCACACUCACAAACUUGGUGUCGGUGAACGAGAGGCUGGUAUACACACCCCAUCCGGAGGACCCUGAAAUGACUGUGCUCACACAAGAAGCCAUCAUCACCGUGAAGGGGAUCAGCCUCGGCAGCUACCUGGAAAGUCUGAUGGCCAGCACGAUAUCAUCCAAUGCAAAGAAGGGGUGGGCUGCUAUUGAGUGGAUAAUUGAAAAUUCUGAGCAUGCUGUGAGCUAACGGGGUCUGCACCCGCACCUUGUGAUGAACAGUGGUAACUAUGGUAUUCUUUAACCCAGUAGAGAACCUAGCAUCUUGCUGACCGUGUGCAUGGUGUGUGGUGUGGGGUGUUUACAGGUGCGGCUGCAUGCGUCUCCGGCCCGGUGCUCCUUAGUAUCUUCUGUAACGGAAACAGUCAUUAGUUCAUCCUCUUCCUAACUCAUCUCCUUGUUUCAUGGCAGGAUUUAUUUCCCAGAGAGACUUGAGCAUUUGUUAUCUGGUCUGUGAUGGAGGGAGCUCAGCUGGUCCCAAGCCGUUCUCAGGUCCUGCUUGCCCAAACAUUUCCUGUAACUAGUACACUGCCAGAAAGAGGCUCUCACUAGUAGUUCAGACAGUGUUAAAGGCUGAUCAAACGGGAGAAUUUUUUCAUUUGGGGCAGGGUCCGAGUAUUUGCACAUGUUCUCAUGAAGAAUGCUCUGUGCCCUUGCGUCAGCGCGGCGGGGCCGGGGGGAAUCCUGCCCCGGCCGUGUUACUGCCACUGGCUCUUUCCUUUUAGUGGCAGAAGCCAUUUCUAGCAUCUUCUUGAGCUUCACAAAAGUUCCUUGGUUUCCUAGGCCACCAGUGGCUAGACCGUCAGGAAGGGAUUUGACACUUAAUUGGUCAUCUUCAUACUUUGUAGGAAAGUCAGCGUUUCCUGCUUCCCUCUGUUUAGUGAAUCCUUAUACUCCUGCCUUGAAACCCCCCACCCUAUUGACUUUCCAUACUGUGCUGCUCUGGGUCCCACUUCCCACGGUCGGUCGGUCUGUCUGUGUGUCUGCAACAUGUGCGUGUCAGCAAAAGGGAGCUGCUGUGUGGUUCAGGCUCCUUUAAGAGCUUCCUACUGGAGCCCAAAUUUGCCAGAGACCUUCACCUCGAACCCAAGGUCGUGAUCUGCCACUGGGUCUCUCUUCUUCCGUGGACGUACCACUAAGGUGGCCACGCGUAGAGAGCCCACCCGCCUGGUGGGCAUAGAGUGUGUGGGCAGUGUGGUGUGUGUGAUGUGUCACUCUGAGUUUUGGGACUCUGUCAUGUUCUGUUUCCUCAUAAACUAGAGCUAAACUGCCUCAAUCUUUGAUCAGAUGCCUCACCCAAAAAGUCAAAGAAGAAAGAAAGAACAAAAGAAAAAAAUGGAAGGAAGAAGGAAAGGAAGAAAGAAGGAAGAAAUAAGCGAGCCUUGACUAUGGUUCGCCCAAUCUGGGAGAGGUGUGGAACCUUCUGGAAUCUGCCACUUCCCUGGUGACAGCCUCCACCGGGCUCUUCGGUCGCGACGUCUCAAGACAGGAGGACUGUCUGUUGCAGAGUGAGACCCAGAGAAGAGAAGACCCCUGUAGCAGGAGGAGGGCAAGGGCCGCAGAGCUGCCACUCUGCCGUUGCCCACGGCCCCACCCCCGCCGCCCCCCGGCCGGCGUUGUCAGACUGCUCUUGUGCCUUGUCUGUCCUCCCCUCGGUAGCAGCUCCCGGCAAUUUUCUGCUGACUCUUGGGACCUUACUAAACCACUUUUUUCCUGAUGACACCCUGUGUUCCACCCCUGCCCCUUGAUCACCUGUCUACACCGUCGGCCUCCUUACACGUAUUGGGACGCCAUCUGUCCCAUCAGACGCCACUGCAGUGCGUCCUUCUCACCACUGUUAGUGCAGAUCUGCCCACGCUGGGGUAGGGGCGUCCGCCCCCACAGUGGCGUGUGUGGGGACAGUACCGUGAGCUCUCCUGUCACACAGAUGGAAUUGGCCAGGGCAGCCGCCCACUUGAAAUGGGUUCAAGCGCUGUGCCCCAAGCUGCAGCCGCUUGUCCUGCACUCAGACCAGAGACCCCAGGGGCUGGAGGCCUGUGUUACUGGUCACCGAUCCGACCUGUUUGUGGGGACGCUCACUCACACUGAGCCGCUGUGACGAGGUGGUAAAAGUGCUUAUGAGCAUGAGCUGUCCUGUUAGCUUUAGGGUCCUUCCAGGUGGAAGUUUUAACGUUCCUGUGUUCAAAAGUCCAGUGUAAAAUCUUUCAGUAUGCUUCGAAUUCUAAAAACUUGAGAGAAGACCUCCUCUAUGAACAACGAGUAGAACUGUGUUCUGCUGUUUUUUAGGUAGUGUUUCUUGUUUGAAAACAGUACUUCUAAUCCAAAAGGAAAUGGUAUUGUGUUAUGCAUAAAGCUUAUGGGAAAACAGAGUUAAAAGAUUUAUGGUAAAAACAGCCCCCCUUACCCCUUCCGCAACGCAUGUCUCUAACCUGCUAGGGGAAUGCCCAACUCUUUUGUCAGUUUUUGGUGUUUACUGCUAGAUUUCUAAAUUAAUAAGCAUACCCUGCUAUUUCUUGAUCUGCCAAAUUUAGACAUUAUCUAGAUAAUUAUUUACUGGUUUGGUAGAUUAUUAUUUUCUCUCAUAUCUUUCUCCCCUCUCCCACUCCCCCCAAAAUAGCUAUAUCGUUUAUGGUUGAAAGCACAUUUAGAGUUUCCAUAAUUUUGAAAAUACAAAUGCCUAACUUGUUUAUUGCCAAGCUAGAAUUGCAUUUUCCUUCUUAUUUCCUCUCGCCUUGGGCAUAAUAAUUCUUUUCAUCUGUUUAAUUUUAUUUGCUAAAAAUCUCUGGCUGAGUCCUUCCAUACUCUUACCCACUUUUGGCAGUACGUCACAAUGCUGUCUUCCACAGGUCCGUCUUUUUGGGCAGCACACCCAUUCCCCGUUUCCCUGGCAACAUCCUUUCCGGAAGCCGGGCCUCGCUCUCUGACCAAACAGCCACAUGGCUGUCAUCCCCUCUCCUGGGCAUUUCCUUGGCCUUCUCUCAUGGAGCCCUUGUUUCCCUGCUUCCCCGCCUUCCUCUUUCUCUUUCCUGUCACAAGAUGGGGAAGGACAUCUCUUUGUGGCUUCUAAGACUUGGCACAACUGAAAAUGUCUUUUCUGUUUUCAUACUUUGUUCGCAGCAUCGCUGGACAUACAGUUCUAUAAAAAAAUGUUUUUCACUCA